UUUGGGGGCGUAACCCGGAACACUUGCGGUAUUUCAUCAGGCGACAACAUGCUUCUUCCCCCGGUUCCGAGUUGAUACAUCGAUCUGUUGGGUUUAUGAGGUCCGUUUGUAACCUUGUAGUUGAAGUAGUGAAUUCUCGAAGAUCACACAGUUCGGCCGCCGCUCACAGACUCGGAGCAGUGAUGUGUAAAGAGCUCAAGACCAAAGUGCUGAGUUUGCUGCCGCCGACCUCCAAUGGGCCGUCUGCUCACACGGAGAGCCGAACAGGUGAGGAGCCGCACGUGGGUGAUCGGUACAGACGGUAUGUUUUGAAGAAAAUAGAGGAAAUAUGCAGAUGGAGAUGAAUGAGUAAGUCUGCAAGUACCCUAAGAGUAAACAUUACACAGUGUUACAUCAGAUUCCUGUUUUUCCUGUCAUGUGUGACACGCAGGACCGGUCUGCCAUGACUGAUGUAGGUGUCAGAAUCAUCAUAUUUACAAGACCAGGACCAGAGAGUGCAGCGACUUUUGGUCUAGACAUGUAAACACAAAGCCACAUCUAAAAUGUGUCCCUAUAGAAGGUGCAUCACUUAAGCUGUUUAUGGAUUGAAGUGCCUUGAAAAAGUAUUCAUACCCCAUGAACUUUUUCACACUUUUCAGCUUUUAUUUGUUUACAUUUUUGAAAACCAUGUUUCAUUUUUGUUCCACUUCACAAUUAUGUGUUACAUUGUGUUGGUCUAUGACAAAAAAUCUCAAUAAAAUACUUUGAAAUUAGUGAUAGUAGACUGACAAAAUGGGAAAAGUUCAAGGGGUAUGAAUACUUUUUCAAGGCACUGUACAUUUAAGAGUCAAUGCAACAUGAGCAAAGAUUUAAACAAUGAUUAAGUGCCACAAUGUAUCCACUUAAAGGGAUAUUCCAGCGUAUAAUUGAUUUAAGGUUAAACACACCAUAACACAGAGUUAGACACCCCCUUGAGAGAUGAAUGUUUCUGACCGCUUGCUUCUGAUGUUAUACCAACUUUAGUAACGACCACACGUCAGCAAUACACAGAAGUCUGAGGAGCCAUAAACAAACCUCAACCAAAACACCACUCUAUAGCCACAAAUAAUGCUCAGAACAGCACCUAACUUCAUCAACAGUACAUAUUGGGUCUCAGCCACCAAACCCUUUUUUAAAUUUGCCUAAUUUAUUUAGCAAAGAGACUAAACACAACUCACCUACUCUCUUCCAGCAGCCACUUGUUUGUACGGAGACCUCCAGGUGAGUCCGUCGACUGUAGUGGGGUGACGCAGCUCAAGGAAGAACAUCUAUGAUCAUUUUUUCAUGGAAAUGCAAUCAGACCGAGACACUAAGGCAGGAAAACUACCGCGUCUGCAUUACAAAAUGAUUAAUAUGAUGAUUAUUACUUAAACGAAAUGAUAAAGAAAUUAUCAUAAAUGUUCUUCCUUGAGCUGCGUCACCCCGCAGCAGUCCGUAAUGGACUGGCCUGAGGUCUCACUACAAACUAGCGGCUGCUUGAAGAGAGAAGGUGAGUUGUGUUUAGUCUUUGGUCCCCCUUAAUGUCUUGUCAUCAUGUUUGUCUAGCACUAAUCCUCAUUGUGUCUGAACUGCAGAUGGUGCCGAAAUCCUCAGUUGUACGGCGAAGGCGCUUAAAGAGGGCCACGUGGUUGCGGUUCCCACUGACACCAUCUACGGUCUGGCAUGCCUGGCCCAGAACUCUGAAGCCAUCCGAAAAACCUACGAUAUCAAAGGCAGGAACGGACACAAGCCGCUGGCCAUCUGUGUGGGAGAGAUUGAGGAUAUCUAUAAGUAAGUACAUGUGUAGGUGUCUGCUGGUGGAUCCAGUCUGUUGUUUGAAGAGUGACCCUGAAAAACUCGUCUUUUUGACAGAGCAGUAUAUGAGCGCGGCGCUCAGGUGUCAGUCCCUCGGAAGUGUGAUGGAUUUUCUGUAGACCCAGCAUGUUGCAAAAAUAAAUUAGUCAUACACAGAGGAGUCAGGCACAGAGGAGAGGCUGAUUUCCUGUUUUCACACCAUCACAACAUUUUACAUUUUGAGUGACAGGCACAUUUUCUGUCACUGAUACCCUCCGGAUGCAUUCAUUACUUUGUUUUGUAACGGUGCUUUAAAUGACAGCCGAUCAGAAACUCAUGAACCUCAGUCACAGCUGAGUGUUUCAGUCCGUUCACUCAUUAUGUACAAUGCCGAAACUUAAAAGGAAAAAAAAUCACAUUUUCAGGUGCAGCUCAGAUUAGAGUUUCCCAAAAAAGUUAAUUUUUUCCAUAAUUUAACUCAAAAGUGAAACUUCUAUAUUCUAGAUUAUCGCACAUACAGUGAAAUAUUUCAUAACUUUUUUCUUGAAUCUUGAUGAUUAUGGCAAAUAUCAAAAAUCCUCUAUCUCAUUGAAUAACCUGUUUAGACGUCUUUUUUCAGCACUGAUAUACCUGACAAGAAACCAGACUUUUCCACAAUAUUUUAAUGUUUGGUGGAGAUGGUGGAUUUUUGUGAGCUGUAAGCCGUAAUCAUUAUCCAAGUUUUUGAGCUGCACCCGUAUUUAUUAGCAACAUUUUAUUCCUAAACAGCAAACAGAACAUUUUGUUGCCAGGGAAACACUGCCAAAAAAUGUAUUUCUUGGCAAGUUAGACUGUGCAGGAGUUGGCAGCAUUUCAGUUUCCUGUAAACCAAAUUGACCUUUUCAAAUUGAUAAAAAGAAAAAGUUAAAUACUGAAAUAAUUUUAUUUACAUUCAUUAAGUACAAGGUAAAGGAACAUUUCCUGACGUAUAAGAAGCUUGAACCAGCAACAAAGUGAAAGCUGUGGAGAUUUGACCCAAGUUUGACAUAUUUGCUUUAAACAUGAUGAAAAAACUGAUUUAUUAUCCCAAAAGGUACUUAUCAGAACUUUUUCCACGAAUUGAUUCAUGGUCACAGCUCUAGCUUCAAUUAAGUUCUUAUAAAGGAGCAUGUCUUGUUCAAAAUACUGGAUUUUGCAAAACUAUCUAAGUGUGAAUUUUUAAUGUAAUAACUUCUAGUUCAUCCCAGAAGCACUGCGCGUUAUAAAACAUGUCUGUGUCUAACUUUGCAGGUACUGUAAGGUGACCGUGGAGACAGCGCUGUUAGGUGAUCUUCUCCCUGGUCCUGUCACUCUGGUCUUUGAAAGAUCUGAAGUUCUGAACCCAGAUCUCAAUCCCUUCACCUCAGUGAGUCCAGUCCUUAAGCAUCAAACUCUUUAAAUUAUUUAUAAAUGAGUGAAUAUAAUUUAACAUUUAUUUUGCAAUAUGCUUCUCAGCUUGUAGGCGUCCGUAUCCCUAAUCACUCCUUCAUGAGACGCCUCUGUCAGAUGUGUGGAGAACCCCUCGCACUCACUAGCGCCAACAUCAGCUCUCACACCAGCACUCUUGCCGUACAUGUAAGUGUAUUGAGGCAAAAUGAGGGUUUUCUCAAGAGUCUGAGGUUUAUUUAGUUUAAAAACUGAUUCACAAUCCUCUCCAGCACCGUGAAGGUGUGUUUUACCCUUGUUGUCACCUCAGUUUUGAUGCUGUGAUUUCUCCUCUGCAGGAGUUUCAGGACCUCUGGCCAAAGCUAGCAGUGGUGGUGGAUGGAGGACCUAUAGGAGACCAGAGCCGCCUGGGAUCAACAGUAGUGGACCUCUCAGUGCUGGGCAAAUACCGCAUCAUCAGACCGGGCUGGUGAGUUUAUGAAAUUACUAGGACUCACUUUGCUUUUCAUUUGCUGCAAAUACAGUCAACAGGAUGAUAAACUCUUCCAUUAGGGGGCAUUUUAAAUGACUGUAACAUGUUUGAAGUUAAAGUGGGUCAGAUUAUACAUCCAUGCAGCAAAGCAGCGCCACACUUAAGGUUCAAAUGUCAGUAAUCAGUAAAUAUUGAUCAGAGCGAACUGUGUUGACAUUGAAGUUGCACUGAUUAUAUCGGGUGUAGCCUCUAUAGCAUAUCAAUAAAAUGAGUCCUCUAGCAUGUCUAAACAUUUGCCAUAUCCUGAACCAACAUCAGACUCUGACAUUAAAUAAAAUCAAAGUUUUUAAAGUCGAAAAAAAAAGUUCUGGCCUGGAGCUCCUAUGUAUGUUGAAGUUCGAAGGAACAGCCGGCUGCCUCCAAUAAAAGAAAGUUAUCCUACCUUCAGUAAAGGUUUCAUAAACUCAAUACUCAAAUUUUUAACACACCAGCACGAUAACGUCAUAAAAUAUUAGGAUUCUUGAUGGACAGACCAAGAUGCAGCCUGAGCACGCCUCUGCAGCCGCUGUUUGUCCUCAGCUGUUAAGAAUAACUUCACAGGAUGAUCCACGCUCUUCAUUUCAGCGCAGGCAGACGACUGCUCUCCCGAUACCCGCCUUCAUAAGACUUAAACAUGUAGAUUAACCAUAACACGUAAUAAUGACUUCUUCAUCAUUCACCACAGAGUAUCAGGGCCACAUUAAACAAACAACCAUUUGAAAUAUAGAUUGUUUUUCCUCACCAGAAUAAAAUCCUAUUCAAAGCUGUUGAUUUAGAGAUUGAUUAGCAGAAUAAUAUUGUUUCAAAGGGGGAUACCUUAUGUCUUAGAUUUUUGAACAGUCUUUUCAGAAUCCGUAUAAUUAAAACAUUUUGGUGCAGAAGAGCAAAAUUUAAUUAGACGCUCCACUUUCCUGAUUAUUUUAGCACAGGCAGUUGGCUGCUCACCAGAACCAAAACUCUGACUUUAUCACCACUUUAUUCUCAUAACAUGAGGAGUUAAGUUUUGAGAUAUUAUGACUUUACUGUGGCUUUUUUGUUAUAUGUCUUUAAAAAUAAAUUACAUCUUGAUUUUCUUCCAGCGCCAUUGAUUUUGUUACGACUCUAUUCUUGUGAAAAAGUGACCAAAAAAGACGAUUUCUUAAUCUUAGAAAAAAAUAAAGUCUUAUAAAAUGUAAAUCUUUGAGGUUUUUUUCCUCUAAUGUGGCCUUAACACUCUGUCCAUUGGAAUAACAUUGUUCUCAUAUCUUUAUGACUUGAAUCUCAUUAAUUUAAACAUUUAUUCUUGGUCUUAAUGUCUUUUUAAAAAAAACGUCUGAUUUCAUUUUGUUCUUGCAGAAUUAUGAAUUUUUCUGGUAAACGUUUCACUUUUUUUAGAUGCAGGAAAUUUUUCAUUAUUUUCAUACAUUUAUAACUUAUUUUUCAUAAUAAUGGACUUUAUUCUCACAGCAUUACAAGUUUAUGAAAUUUUUUUUUUAAAAAUUAUACAUAUAUAUACAUAUAUAUAUAUAUAUAUAUAUAUAUAUAUAUAUAUAUUUUUUUUUUUUUUUUUUUUUUUGUGACCCUAACCUUCAGUGGUACAAUUCUCCCUACAGUGCAGUAAGAAACAUAACAUGUUAGGCAAAACUCUAGGGUUAGAGUAGCAUAACUGUAGUACUAUAUUUUUCUUUUGUUAUUAUUAUUAUUAAUAUUAUGUAGACUUAUUUAUUUAUUAAAUGUUACUGUAAUAGCGCAAGUUUGACAGGAACACUUACAUCAACUGUGAGAUAUAUUGUUGUAAAAUGCAAGUGAAAUUGUACUGGAGAAAACUUCUGACUUUCCUACUUCGACAAGCUAAGUUUUCUUUUUAUCGGCUGCUUAUGCUCAUUUGAAGAUACCGACCUGUAGAACCAGAAAACCUGAGGCUCAAGGUUUGAAAACAGAGCUGGCAGAGGGUCGGCUCCUAGAUUGCACAGACAUAGAGUCGAUAGUCUGACAAAGCCAUCAGGCUGUAAAUUAGCUGAAUCUGAGAGACACAAACAAGCCAAAGACCGGUCCCUCCGCUUUCCUGUUUACAGCAUGACUCAGGAAGGAGGAAAUUUAUUCACUAAAGGUUAAUUUCUUAGAGAGAUCUUCUUGCCUCCAGCACCUGCCAGUGUUUUCACUUUCUGCUGUGUCAUUGAUAAGUCCUCCAUCAGCAUGAUCCAUCUGCAGCACCAACUGAAAUUAAACACUGCAGAUGUAAAAUACAAAUAUCAUGAUCAUAGAGUGAAAUCGAGGGUGUUUUGCAAUAACUGGUGAACUAAAAAACGCCUCGUUAAAGUCACUCUCUCAUCUAACUCUGCAGAAGGCUUGCAACAUUAAACCGAAAAUGACUGUAAUUCUCUUUCAGUGCCCUUUCCUCCACGGUUGAAGUGCUGGAGCACAAAUAUGGGCUGUCAGAGGACCCCGGGGAGGCAUGACCUUUGAACUCUGCACACUCCACAGCAUGCUGAGACGCACAACUGGUCUGACCCGGGGGCUCCCUGGGUAAAGAUGACUCCAUUUUCAUGCACACAUGGAAGAAUGAGUCUUUCCAGGGAAAGAACAGGACUGUGGAAAAAACUGAGAUUUUAACUGCUGAUGGUUGAUGGAGGCUGGUUUAAGGUCUGAAGUCUCCUCUCUAGUUUCUGCCUCGAUGUCUCUGCCGUCGCAAGCCAAAUCCCUGACUGUUUUUUCAGCUCCACAGUCAGGGAUUUGGCUUGCAUGGAAUUAAACCUGUAUAUACUUUGAUUUGAUUUUCACUCUAUGAUCAUGAUAUUUGUAUCUUAAUGAGGAAACUGGUUAAAGGUUUGAUAUCAUGUUUCUAUUCAAGUCUGGGGUAUAGCUAACUGAUAUGUUACGGCCCAAAUUAUACAUUAUAGACAGGUGAAGGUGGCAAAUGUCAUUUACUACAAGUUUUAAGCCCUAAACUGUAUUACUUCUGUGUUACUUCAAAGAUUGUGAAUCCCUUUUAUUUAUUUUAUUAAAGUCACAUAAACUCUGUCUGAUUUCACGUUAUAAUUUUAAUUUGUGAUUGAUUGAUUUUAUGAAUUGUACAAUCUCAACAUGGCCAUAAUAAAAGCUCGACUUUUCAUUCUGGGGCAUAAGGAGCUCUUUGAAACAUGACUCUGUGUUUUAAAGGUGUUUUUUUUUUUUGUAUAAUUAUGUGGCGUAAAAUAAAUAAAAAUUUAAAAUAACCAACUGAAA